CCGUGCCCUCAUAACGACACAAUCGGAUUCGCCAUUGGAGUAUUGAACGUGAUCUUCUAUUUUUCAGAGCUUUCAAACAAGAUUUUGUUGUUUUAAACUGGUAUCCAAGACAGAGGUGGGGGGGCAGAGCAGAUGGCCAUUGAACAAUACUUCCAAGAGUCAGUUGCAGAAAAUGAGAUGGGUGGUGAUGAGUCACAACUACAGAAGUGGAAAUCAGGCUCUGAUGCUGCUACUACCUCAGACAACGUUACUGGCUGCUUUGACUGCAACAUUUGUCUAGACUAUGCACAAGAUCCUGUGGUGACACUUUGUGGCCACCUUUUCUGCUGGCCAUGCAUGUACAAGUGGCUUCACUUCCAGGGUUCCUCCGCCGAACAGCAUCAAUGCUGCCCUGUGUGUAAGGCUGAUGUUUCCCUCACCACACUGGUCCCCCUCUAUGGUCGAGGCCAUCUGCCAACAGAAGCAGAAUCUGAAGGCAAAGGCUCCCAUAAUGGCCUUAACAUACCACGAAGGCCUCCUGCAUGUGGUGUUCAUACACUGAUAACUACUACAUCGACUUCAUCAGAUCGGCAGCCUCAUCGUAACCCUUACCAGUCCCAGCCACAACAUACCCAUCAGCAUCAGCAAUACUACCCGCAGCAAUACAGGAACUAUGCAACAGCGUCAACCCCAUUAUUUCAUCUUUCUGCUAAUGUUUAUCAUCCAAUUGUUGGUAUGCUUGGGGAGAUGGUCUAUGCAAGGGUGUUUGGGAACUCAGAGACAAACUUAUAUGCAUAUCCAAAUUCAUACUACCUCAUGGGGGGUAGUAGUCCAAGGUUGAGAAGGCAAGAGAAGCAGGCAGACAAGUCUCUCAACAGGAUUUCACUCUUCCUCUUCUGUUGCCUUGUCUUGUGCCUUCUCUUGUUCUGA